AUGUCGGAAGUGGAAGCAGAGGCAAAGACCCAGGCCAGCAAAUCUAUCCUAUCCAAAACUCUUCAUUCCUGCAACCUCCCUCAAAUCCACCAAUACAAGCACAUCAAUCGCCCAAAAAUGAAAUCAACAAAAUUCUCCUCCUACUCCGACCCGUCAACAGCAUACAUCCCCUCCGUAAUGAGAGCUCUCUACUACUCCCCCUCCAACUCAAUGGAUAUGGAGAGCCUCGAGGAGACCCCAUCACCUGGGACAACCAUUAGUACAGUCUCACAAGACGUCGACACAGGCACAGGCCUCAUGCUCGACACCACGUAUCCAACGCCCACGCCCACAGAUGACCAGUAUCUGAUCAAAGUGCAAACAGCCGCGUUCUGCCACGACGAAAUCCGGCUCGCGCAGACCCUGAACCCCAAGAACAACACGCCCAAGAUCCCGCUGCACAGCACCUGCGGCACGGUCGUUACCACUCCGCACCAGGACCCAGACCGGCCACUCGGCCCGCGCUUCCAUGUCGGCGACGUGGUCUUCGGCGUGCUGAGCUACACGCGUGACGGGGCGGCGGCGGACUACGUCAUUGCGUACGAGGGCGAGAUCACGCUUAAGCCCCGCAAUAUCAGUGCGUCGAAAGCUGCAGCACUGGCGCUGCCAGCACUGACGGCGUGGCAGGCACUGUUCAAGUAUGCGGGGCUUGAUCCGGACGCUGUGGCAAGGAAUCGGGGGUAUGAGAAUUUGAAAGGGGCCAACCAUGAGGCGCUGUAUGGGUAUGGGUAUGGUAAUGGCCAUACAAAUCGGAGUUCGCAGCAGUAUGGGAGCCAGAGAGGGAGUGGAAUGAUCCCAAGUACCAAUGGUCAUGCUAACGGCUCUGCGGCGAAUAAUGGGAGAAAGCAUAGCUGGGCUAGUACAGCGCGGGCUAGCAUUGGGCAUCUCAUUGGGGUGAACUCGAAUCGGAGCAGCACGUCAAGCGGCAGUGGGCGGGCAUCGAGCACUGCGAGCGGGAAUGCAGUCAUGAAUGGGUAUGCGAAUGGGGACAACGGUAAUGGUUCCACUGGCGGACCGAGUGGUGCUGAGCGCAAGCUGAGCUGGGCAAAUAUGCGGCGAGUGAGCCUUGGAAGCACUCCAGGAGGGCACAAUGGGAAUGGAAUCAAGAAGAAAAAGAGCGAGCAGUUGCGGGUCGUUGUAACGAAUGUUCGGGAUAAUGAGAUUGGACGGAUUGCGGUAGAGCUGCUCCGGGCUGAGAAGCUCUUCCCGCAGGACUAUUUGCCGCCAUGGAUCUGUGUGACAUGCACACCUACCGAAGAGGCUGCUAUACGGACUUGGUGGAAUGUCGACGAAGUGCUUAUCAUUCCGGAUUUGCCCACAAGCGAUGAAUGUGAUUUCGGGGCAAUGUUCCGAGAACGGCGUUGGGAAGCCGUGGAUAUAGUUCUGGACUGCAUCGGUGGUGAGGCAUUUCGGCAAGCCCAUGCCAUUGUCAGAGAUGAAGGCACAGUCUUGACGGCUGUAGAUCCUUGGCCAGCACAGAUGCCAGCGGACACAAUGGGCUCAGACCCGCUGGGGAGGAGGAAGCGAAGGCUAAAGAGCCAGUUUGUGCCCGUCAGUCCAGACGGCAAGGCAAUGGGUAGAAUUGCCGAGUUGGUCGAAGACGGAACAGUUACAGGUCGGGAGGAGGUCAAUGUCGACCUGCUUAACGCAGCGAAAUUAUUGGACUCAGGAGCUGCUGGAGCUGCUGGAGCAAGACGCGGAGUCAUGAUGAGCGUGAGGAUCAGCUAUGGAGCUCUGUAA